CUCAGUCUGCCUUACACUUCACGCCAAACGUCUGCUCUCUCUCCUCACUCUGUCGUUCUCUCUCUUUCUGAUAGUGGUAUUAUGUGUGUGAAGAACAGAGAGGGCUUAGCUCAUCCACCCUCUUCUGGUUUUAGCAUUUUACUCUCGUUUUCUCUUCCUUCUUCUCCAACGUCUCUUUCCGCGACUUAGGUUCUGCGAAAUUGCGAAGCUUUGUGGAGAUUAAUGGAGAGAAGGGUUUUAUGGAGGAAGAAGACGGAGCUCGUCUUCUGCUUUGGGUUAGCUUUAAUGGCGGUUCUCUUUCCUCUCGGCUCCCCACUCAACGACGAAGGAAAGGCGUUGAUGUCAAUUAAGGCGUCGUUCAGCAACGUCGCUAACGUGUUGCUCGACUGGAACGAUGCCCAUGACGGAGAUUUCUGUUCUUGGCGUGGGGUUUUCUGCGACAAUGUCAGCCUCUCUGUGGCCUCCUUGAAUCUGUCUAAUCUCAACCUCGGCGGAGAGAUUUCGCCAGCCAUCGGAGACUUGGGGAACUUGGACUCCAUAGACUUGCAAGGGAAUAAGCUGACCGGUCAAAUCCCCGAUGAGAUUGGCAACUGCGCUUCUCUCAUACAUUUGGAUUUGUCUGACAAUCUUUUGUAUGGAGACAUACCAUUCUCCGUGUCGAAGCUCAAGAAGCUGGAGCUUUUAAAUUUGAAGAACAAUCAGCUGACUGGUCCCAUCCCUACGACUCUCACGCAAAUUCCGAACCUUAAAACUAUUGAUCUUGCUCAGAACGAGCUUAGUGGUGAGAUUCCAAGGCUAAUAUAUUGGAAUGAAGUAUUGCAGUACCUUGGAUUGCGCGGAAACUCAUUAACUGGAUCACUGUCACCUGAUAUGUGUCAAUUAACUGGCUUGUGGUACUUUGAUGCUAGAGGCAAUAAUCUGACUGGCACGAUCCCAGACAGCAUUGGAAAUUGCACAAGUUUUGAGAUCCUGGAUGUAUCGUAUAAUCAGAUCACAGGGGAAAUUCCAUACAACAUUGGGUUUUUGCAAGUGGCUACGCUGUCCCUUCAAGGGAAUAGACUGACGGGAAAAAUCCCUGAGGUGAUUGGUCUAAUGCAGGCUCUUGCUGUCCUGGAUUUGAGUGAGAACGAACUGGUAGGGCCAAUCCCACCAAUAUUUGGCAAUUUAUCCUACACUGGGAAAUUAUACCUGCAUGGCAACAAGUUGACUGGGUCAAUUCCACCCGAACUCGGGAAUAUGUCAAAACUAAGCUACUUGCAAUUGAAUGACAACAAACUGGUCGGGAGAAUUCCUGCUGAGCUUGGGAAGCUGGAACAAUUGUUCGAGUUGAAUCUUGCCAACAAUGUUCUGGAAGGUCCCAUUCCACAUGAUAUCAGCUCCUGCACCGCCUUGAAUCAAUUCAAUGUGCAUGGAAACCGCUUGACUGGGUCCAUCCCUCUGACAUUCCGAAAUCUGCAGAGUUUGACUUAUCUGAAUUUGUCAAGGAACUAUUUUAGUGGGAGAAUAGCUAUUGAGUUGGGACGCAUCAUCAAUCUGGACACAUUGGAUCUGUCUAGCAAUAACUUUUCUGGCCCUGUUCCAGCUUCGGUUGGUGAUCUUGAGCACCUUCUGACCUUGAAUUUGAGUGGUAAUCAUCUUAAUGGUUCUCUGCCAGCAGAAUUUGGGAACCUCAGGAGUGUUCAAACUAUUGAUAUGUCAUUCAACUAUCUUUCUGGGAGCAUCCCAGGAGAAUUGGGGCAGUUGCAGAACCUUGCAGCGCUGAUACUCAAUAACAACUUCUUGAAUGGAACAAUACCUGAUCAGCUAACCAACUGUUUCAGUCUUGCCACCCUGAAUUUCUCAUACAACAAUCUAUCAGGCGUUGUACCUCCUAUGAGGAACUUUUCACGAUUUUUGCCAGACAGCUUUACUGGAAACCCAUUGUUGUGCGGCAACUGGUUGGGAUCGAUAUGUAGUCCUGCCACAAAAUCCAGGGCUCUAUUCUCCAGAACAGCCGUCGUUUGUAUGGCAUUAGGCUUCAUCACAUUGUUGUCCAUGGUAAUAGUUGCAGUUUACAAAUCUAACCAACCAAAGGAUUUAACGAUGGGUUCUGGCAAGUGUGGGCAAGGUCCUCCUAAACUUGUAAUCCUUCACAUGGAUAUGGCUGUACACACCUUUGACGAUAUAAUGAGAAUUACUGAGAAUCUAAAUGAGAAGUAUAUUAUAGGUUAUGGUGCUUCUAGUACAGUGUACAAGUGUAUGCUAAAGAAUUCUCGACCCAUGGCAAUUAAGCGACUCUACACUCGGUAUCCUAAUGACAUGCGGGAGUUUGAGACUGAACUUGAAACCGUUGGCAGAAUCAAGCAUAGAAAUCUUGUCAGUCUGCAUGGCUAUUCACUGUCUCCCCAUGGAAAUCUACUUUUCUAUGACUAUAUGGAGAACGGAUCUCUCUGGGAUCUGCUUCACGGACCAUCAAAGAAGGUUAAACUUGACUGGGAAACGCGGUUGAAAAUAGCGGUUGGUGCAGCACAGGGACUUGCUUAUCUUCACCAUGAUUGCAACCCCCGAAUCAUUCACAGGGAUGUUAAAUCCUCAAACAUAUUGCUGGACGAGAAUUUUGUGGCUCAUCUAUCUGAUUUUGGAGUUGCAAAAUUCAUCCCAACUGCACAGACUCAUGCAUCAACUUAUGUUCUUGGAACAAUUGGCUACAUUGAUCCAGAAUAUGCCCGAACCUCCCGUGUCACCGAAAAGUCUGACGUGUAUAGCUUUGGGGUUGUGCUUCUUGAGCUACUGACCGGGAAAAAGGCUGUGGAACAGGAUUCAAACUUGCAUCAACUGAUACUGUCCAAGGCUGAUACCAAUACUGUAAUGGAGUCUGUCGACCCGGAGGUUUCGGUUACUUGCAUGGAUUUAUCUCAUGUCAGGAAGACCUUCCAACUCGCCCUCCUGUGCACCAAGCGAAACCCUACUGAAAGACCAACCAUGCACGAGGUUGCAAGGGUUCUGGUCUCCCUCCUUCCUGCAACAGCCACAAAACAUGGUUCCAUUCCGAAGGGCAUUGAUUACGCCAAGUUUGUGGCUGACAAGGAACCACAGAAGCCAAAACCGCAGCAGCAAGAGAGCCAUUCAUCCAACGCUCAGUGGUUUGUCCGCUUCGGUGAAGUCAUAUCCAAGAACACGCUUUGAAUGAAAGCUUCAGAUUAGCUCUUUGCUUUUAAAACAGCUGAAAUUACAAUAUAAGAUUGAGAAGGAAAAUCCCAGUUUUGGUUCAUCUGCUAGUACCAAUAGCAGUAGACGAAAUAUAUGUAAUCAUCAAGUGUUAUGACACAUCUUUUGGAACGACGUCGUAUAAGCAGGGAUUGAAAAGUAAGAAGAAAGAACUAGUUUUUGUAACUUACAUAUAUUUUGUUGAAGAAAUGCUACUUGUCGGAUUA